UGACAUUUCUAUAACACAGAUAGUCGAACCAGCAAUAGAGGCACACAAGGACGUGGCCAAAGAAUCGAACUACGGAUCGCCAUUGGAGCAUGAAGAAUUAAAGAUGAACGCUUGAUUAAUGGUUCUGAUGAAGAUAACCCGUUGCCAUCGCAACCAGUUAGCGGUUUCUACCUUUUUAUUCUCAUACGAGCUGCGGUUGAGAUUUGCAAUGGUCUAGCAAGCAAGUUAGGCAGCUAGCUACAUUCCUAUGGUGUCAGUGCGAACAUCAGCGGCUAGACACUAUUAAUAGAUCUCUGAUACUGGAUCCGUUUGCUGCGUUUUAACUCGUGAAACCCCGACAGUUUGGCUUUUCCCUGUAUACGUGAUUCCCGGGACGUGAUUUCCUAGAUUAAAGGACGAGACGGGAUCUAGGUUACCCCGUUAGGAUAGAAUGGAGACUAUCUGGUUACAGCGCCCUAGCUAUGACGUACCCUGGGGAUUCCGGCUUAUGGGAGGGGCUGAGUAUGCCCAAGCGCUGCAAGUACAACGGGUAACCCCUGGAAGUAUAGCAGCCACAGGUUUACACCAGGGAGAUGUCAUAUUUAAGAUAGGUGACACCGAGACCACAAACCUUACACAUGCACAGUCUAUGGAAGUCAUCAAGAAUUCUGGGAACAUGCUACAACUGUCUGUAAAGAAAGCUCCUUCAAGUCAACUGUCACCCCAAGCCAGUCCACAAUCUUACAAUUAUAGUCCUCAACAACAACAAAGUUAUACUCCACAAUCCCAGAACGAUUCUUACACCCGGGAUAUGAAUAGAUUGAAUAUAGGAGAACCUGGAUAUAACCAACAGGAUUCCAAUAUGCAAUACACAAGUCCAAACUCUUAUGGAUCUACAGGAUCUUCACCGUAUUCACAAUCUCAAAAUGAACAGCAAAGUUAUGCAUAUUCACCAAACAGUUCAUACCAGAGUCAUGGUGAUCAACAUAACUCUUAUGAGUAUUCUCCAAGUUCACAACAGCAACAACAACCACAUUAUCCUACAUCACCAGGUGCACAUGCAUACAAACCUGUAAAUCCCUACCAGGCAACUAGCCCCAAACCAUUUUCUCCUAGUGGAGGAUAUGAGUCACAGUCCCCGACUCCAUAUGCAUAUCAACCUCAUACCCCUACUAACCAAAUGUCCAGCCCCGAUUACCCAACUGGUACCCCUCAGCAAUAUCAACCAACCACCCCUACUUAUCAACCUACCACACCAACCUACCAGCCAUCUCAACCAAGUUACAACCCAACACAAAGCUAA